AAGGAAGUGUGUUUGCCUUGCUGUCUAUGUUUGGGGCUAAAUGUCACAGACAAAGACAGGAUGCAGUCAGUGCUGCGAGAUGAGGAUCCUCAGUUGUUUCGCACUGUUGCUCUUUCUUUCUGCCAGUGCAGACAACAAUGGAGUGUGGCGAGAGUCUGGCGAGAAUGUCACAUUGAGGUGUUACAUUGCAGGAUGUACCGAAAUUAACAGCAAUACCGAGUAUGAUGGGAUGUAUUUGUAUCUGAAACAAAAUCACAAGGAGCGGAAAGAGGUGCUCUACUAUCACCCUUAUCCAAAAAGAACUGACAAAAUCACCCCAAGAGACAGAUACUUGGGCAGGAUUCAGACAACUGGAUCUCUAAAUGAUCACACCGUCACCAUCAGCCGGCUGACCACGGAUGACUCAGGUUUCUACAGCUGUGUCUACACAAAGUUUAACCAUAACGAAUCCAAAUGCAUUGUCCAUACACUUUUUAUAAAAGGAGUGGCUCCAUGUUCCACAACAACAGUAAUGCUUGUGGCGUCUCCAAACAAGAAAGGUCCUCUAGUGUUAAUCAUUGGCGCAGCCUGCACCAUCUGCACGACAGUCACCAUAAUCUUCACCCUGCUGAUCGUCUGGGCGUGCAGCAGGAGAAGAAGAACAAGUGUCUUGCAGGUCUCAAAUGAAUAUGUGUAUGAAACGAUGACAACAACAGGCCGCCGCCCUGCACAGGAGCAGUCCUCUGGAAGGCUGCAUGAAUACAAUUAGCCUUGCUUUGCAUCAAAUAUUAUUGCAUUUGUGGCCAUCUUUCACUUGAGCAUUGGUUUACUUUCUGUACUACCGUUAAAAUUAUGAAAAAAAAUGUUUAAAAAAUGCUUAACUGCUAAACACUGGGUUAUUAAAUCUCUAGAAAGUGUUUAAUAAGUGUGAAAGUAUCUCUGAAAGCAAUUAGUAUUGUUUAUUAUUUUUUUGACUUUAAAAUCUGUUUGUAGAGGCCCUUUUUUGACAACACUUAACUACAAUAAGUUAAAAAACAAAUCAUAUUUUACUGGCCUCAUUUAAAACAAAUAUGCAAUUAUUUAAAUUAACCUACAUUAACAUUGAUAUGAAAUAUAGAACAAACACGGUCUUACUGAAAUUAUUUUGCCUGGCUUUUUAAGAGUUUUGCUCUAAACUAAUUACGAAUACAUGUAGGCAACAAACAAAACUGAGGGCUGAAACUAUUUGAUGAACAGGUGAUAUAGAUGCAAAGGAAGUUUGCUAAAGAUAAGUAUGAAUGAUCUUAAAACAUGUUAUAUGAUUGGUUAUUCUGUGGCUACCCAGCACAUUCUGUUUACGAAAAGGAAAAAGAUCUGGGCCAGAGAUCUUCGCGUGGUAAAGCUGAAAAAGUACAUGUGAUAACAAAUGACCUACUUACCAAAGUGAUUGUGAGAGGGGUGGUACUAGUGGGUCACAUUUACUGAUAGCGUACCAUACAGUAUGUGUGUUGGUUAUGAUGACUGAAAGUAUGUUUUUUUCUUGUAUGAAUCAAAUGUACACAAAAUGAAACCUGCUCUUCGUUAUUCAACAUUUGUUCUGUAAAAUAAAACGUCAUGCUGUUUUUUAUAAUGAUGUUGAUAAACUAUGUCAGUUGUUGCCUUGACAUCAACCUGUGCAUCUGAAAACAAAUGUAAAAUAUGCAAUAAAAGCACUGAACUGAAGAACUAAACUUUAA